AUGUCCUUUUCGCCCACAUUGAUGCUCCCGAUGACCCCCGCCUCGCCCCGCCUGGCCGGACCGUCACAAUCAACGUCCGACUCCUGGCAGCACCGCACGCUCGAGCGGUCGCCCUCGGUCCAGUCGGUCUCUUCGUACCUCCAGCGGCGCUCCUCCGGCCUCAACAGCGGUAACAACGCCGACAACCCGGAACGUCUCUUUGGUCUCGGCGUGCUGGGUGCUUCAGAGGCCGAAGGAGGGGGCAUGGGCGGCAGCGGCACCGGUAGCGAGGCUCUUUAUCCGGGCUCGCUGCCUUCCAAUCUAGACCCUAUCAUCGAGGGAGGCAUCGAGGUCCAGCAGCAGUCGCCCAUAUCGCCGCAAAGGGGGGACGAGGCCCCGCCCAGACAACAGUACUGCGGCGGCGGGCCCUCCCCCCCGCGCAGCGAUCGUGGUCGGCCAGCCGCGGCGGGCGAACAAUCCAUCAUCAAUGCGGCCGCCGAGGUCGAGAGCCUUCUCGAAGAUGGACCGGCUGAGCCCGGUCUUUGCGGCAGGAGCGGUAGUUCGGAGGACGGCACGCCCCCCAAGCCGCCGAAUCGUUUCCGCCGCAAGGAGCUCCGUCUGAGCCAGUCGCUCAGCUCGGGCCGGCUGCACGGCACCUUUUCGUCGUCGGACCAGCUGCGGAGUGUGCCGUCUUCGGCCACGUCGAUGGACAAGGGCAGCACCGACAGCACCAUGGUGGCCAGCGGCGCCAGCGGGCACGGCUACGGCAGUGGCGUCUAUUGGAACACGUCCAAGGCCAAGAAGACGGACACCCGGCGUGGGCGCACGCAUCGGCCGCGCACGAGCUCGACCUCGGGCACCUCGGCCAUCUCGUCGCCAGACAGCCCAGAGGGAUCGCACGACACGAGCGAAGGCUCGCCGCUCGACGGCCCGCCCGCUGCUCGGUCCGGCAGCACGUUUGAGCUGGUUCAGUGGCAGGUGGCCACCGAGUCCGCCUCGCACCUCGAAGACAUCUUCCUGCCGCUCGGAGGUAGUGGCGGACCCGCUCAGGGGGAAGGCGGCAUGCCCGCCACGCCGCUGAAGCGGCCUCGGAGCCCCGAGGGCCUCGACAUCGAGCGGGAUGCGAAUGCUGUUGGCGAUGGACUCAGGCCGAUAUUCGCGCCUGACCCGAACCCGCCAUCGCGCUGUCCUAGCGGGCUGGGCAUCUCGGCCGUCGAUGGCGGUUCUGGCCCGUCUGAUCUGCUGCGCGGGAUGCCGGGCUACGCACCGUCUGCGCCGCCCGAGACGCCGCGACGCGAGAGCUUUGACCUCGAGAUCCACCGCAGCGCCGCCCUGGAGAGGGUGCUGCAGCAGCUGGCCAGCGAUCCGGAUGGAGGCGUCCUCUCGCCUUCGGCUGCGGCGACAGGCACGACGUCGGGCUCGACGGGUGGCGCAGCACCUUCGCUCAGCAGGCAUGCCGACGGCACGAUCGCCUCGGAUCGCGAUCAGAGCCGCCAGCCUUCGAACCGGUCAAGCAUCGCCUGGAACGAUGCGGCGCGUGCGACGGUGGCGCCGCUCGUCGUGCGCCAGCGGUCGUCGUCUUUACGUCGCAAGUCGAGCACCGUCCGCCGCGCCUCGCAGCAGCAGCAGCAGCAGCAGGAGCCGCGCGCGUCGAUGCCGUCUCUCGACGUCUUCCGACGGGAGCCGCUGACUGGGCUGAUGGACCAUCGCCAGUCGAUGAUGGCGCAGCAGCCAGACGUGGAGCGGUCGGCUGCAGACGCAGAAGCGCAGUUGGGCUGUGGAGAGGCAUCGCUUCCGUUCGGCGAUCGUCUCCUCACCCGGUGCUGGGUGCUGCUGGCGCUGCUGGCGGCCACAGUCGUCUGGCAGGCGCUCUUCUUCGUCUUCCCCGCCCCGUAUCUGUGGGAUGCGAUCCAACCGGCGCUGGUGGCCGUGGCGGCGGUGCUCUUCUCGUUGGUCGACGUCACGCUCCUGCUGGUGCUGCUCUCGAUGCUGCCUCGCCGCCGUCGUCGAGACGCGGCGGAGCGGGAAAAGCCACGGCGGCGGGGCGACCCGCUCCUCGUCGGCGUCGAGACCAUCUGGAUCGCCUCGACGGCCGUAUCGCUCGCCUACGCCACGGCGCUCUGCGCGGUGCAGGUGGCCAACAUGGCGCGAUCCCAAGACCGCGGCGCCCAAGCCGCCGGCAUCCACUUUGACCGUAACAGGAGCACGGCAGGCGGCGCUCACGACGCGUUCCGCCAGGUGCUCAGCGACGUGCCGAUCACGGCUGUCCUCUUCGUCUCGGGCUGCUUGGCCGUCGUCUUUGUGCUCGCCUCGACCGUCGUGGCCGUCUGUCGACGCCGCUCGCGCUUGAACAGCAGUAAUGGCGGCGCGGACGUCGUCGCCGCCACGGCCACUCCAGCCGGCACAGCAGAUCCCGCCGCGCCGUACGGCCAAGCCUGA